CUGGGCUGAGCUUCAGGUGAACGCGGCGGCACGCAAAGCUGCGGCUCUCAUUCACAUUAAUACAAACUCUGGCUGGCGUAGUUUAUUUACAUACGCCGGAUCAUCACAGACGCUGCUUUUUGACGGAUGAUAUUCAGCGCCUGAUGUGAAUCUGAAACAGAAUGUGAAAUCUACAGGAGGACCAAGUGUCCUGAUCGAAGAGCCGUUAUUUUCUCUCAAGGAACACGGAUGUCGUGUGUGCUGAGAGGCUCAGGUAGAGUUCACAGAAAGCCACAUGAAGACAGCAGAUCUGAAGUCUUAUAACCAGACCUUCCUGUGAGAUCGGACGCUGGACACUCUGAUAUGAAACUGAAAGCGAUUCAGAGGUUUGCUCUAUGAAACAGCACCUUGGAAAGUGAGAAGGACCGUAAUGUAAAUAAGCGGGGACGACGUGAAGUAGCCUAUAUUUACUUUCAAUGAUUCUUUUUUUAUUCAGGAUUAUGUAGGAUUCAGGUAAUCCUCUUUGGGUUCUUCGUGUUUGAAACUUCAGGAAAAGUACCCAGCAGGGGAAACACUUGUGAAACAUGGAUGCAAUUAGGUUUCCCGAUUUUUUUGAUGAUAAAAACCACUGGGAUCACACAUCUCGUGGUCUUUACUUUAUCAGAUGAGUCCAGUUUCAGAUCUCAAAAAGUUAUUUUGUGACACCUGACGAAGACCUAAAAUGCAGAAGGCAAACAACAGGAAACUGUCUCUGUGCCAGGCCCUCACCCUCAUAACACUACUGAUGUCUCCAAGUUGCCUGUCCUCUCUGCCUUCAUCCAGACAAGUAGAGCUGGGAGGUGAGGUACCACAGAUGCAUAGCCAAAUACAUUUCAUGAAUGAGUGGGCCUCGUGGGGCGGUUGGUCUGUGUGUUCGCGCUCCUGUGGGGGAGGGGCGUCUGUCCGUACACGCACCUGCAUCACCAGAAAUCUGGUAGGAGGGCCGUGCUUGGGGGACACCAGGCAAUACAAGAUUUGUAACACAAAGGAGUGUCCUGCUGACUCUAUGGACUUCAGAGAACUGCAGUGUAAAGCUUUCAAUGACAGACCCCUGGUCGCUGGCAGCAGUUACCGUUGGACUACCUUUCAUGGAGGUGUGUGUGUGCAGAAGCCAGGAUGUGACUUGAUCUUUGGAUCUGAGCAGCAGGAGGAUGCCUGCAUGGUGUGUGGAGGCCACAACUCAACCUGCCUUCAUCACAGAAGUGUUUAUCAAAGCAACGGGCAGAACAACGGACUGUUUGGGUACAGUGAGGUCACUAUGAUCCCGGCCGGAGCUACACACAUCAGAGUGACUGAUAACAGCAGAAACUAUCUAGCACUCCAGAAUGGGCGCUCUCAGUUUGUGAUCAAUGGGAACUGGAAGAUCAAUGUUCCCGGGGAAUACAAUGUGGCAGGAACCAAACUUCUGUAUCGGCGCUCUGCUGAUACCUGGGAGAGUUUCGAAGUUCCAGGACCAACUCAGGAGGACCUGCACAUCAUGGUCUUGUCCACUGAUAAGAGCUCUGGGAUUGAAUAUGAGUACUGGCUGCCUCCAGACCGCUAUGCCCUGUAUCAUGGGAGAAGUCAACUUCGGCAGCCUCACCACACAUCAAACCACUUACCCUUUGAACUUCCAACCACUACGACUACCACUACUACAACCACAACCACUACUACAACACAGCCAGUCACAAAACCUCAUUUCUGGGAUCCUGCUGCUCGCUGGCCUCUUCAACCCCCCUAUCAACAGCAGCCAGUCCCACGUUUGGAAAGAGAUGAAAACCGCAGGAACCGACUGCCUGAAAUACAUCGUAGAGGCCGCUGUGGGAAAUGUCGCCAGGUACGAGGGAAAGGUGAGCGCCAGAGACAGUAUUGCCAAAAAGAUUUUGUAUUUCGAGCAAAAGUGCUGGAAAAAGUCUAUCAUGGGGAGGAGACCCGCUUUGACGUCCAAAUCAUCCACACAUACCGCAACCGUUAUCGUCUGGAGCACCGGGAGUUCCUGUGGGCGCCCAACAAAUGUGACUGUCCCUUUCUGCAGGAGGGGCAUCAAUACCUGUUGAUGCUGCGACGGCAUAUUAAUUAUGAACGCACUCUCAAUCGCAUCCUGUUGGAGGAGGACAGCUACGCUCAGCCUUAUCGAGCACGUGAGGACAGCCUGCUGCGCCCCCUAGAGGAGCUCUGCGGUAACAGAGACAGCAGGACUCCGUUCAGGGGGUAAACACAUGGACGAUCACACUUUCACUGCACACUAAUUCUGAAGUUCAACUUUUGUGCCAAAAAACAAGGCACAGACAGAAACCCCGCUCUGACACUGAAUUGAAAUCAGUGAUGACUUUACUAAAGCAUUUUGCAUUCCUCAAUAAAGACAAUGGACACUUUGUCAGGAUGAAUUAUGUCCAUGAGGACAAUUAUGGGCAUGAGGCAAACCAAAGCAAAGAGAGUCACUAAAUGAAGCACUUUAGGUGGACAGUCACCUUCUUUUAAAAUUGUACACCUAAGUAAAUAAUACACACAGAAUUUAUGAUGCCCUUUCUAGCACCACAUGUUUGUUAAUGGCAUAAAAUAAUUUGAGAGCAUGUCUAUCUUUAUCAUGUGCAUUUUGAUGUUGUUUUUUAUAUGUAUUUAUAAGCAGACAGUAUUUCUAGAGGAAACCUUGAUUUAUAUAUUGCCUUAUUUUACGUGUUUACCAUCAAUAUAUUUGCUUUUAUCAUAUUGAAAUGAUAAUGAGUGUUUAUGAGUCACACAUAUUUACACAUUCAAGAUAAGCAGCAUAUACACUUUGGAGCACUUUUGCCAAUGAACAGUUGUUUUCCGCUUUAUGUUUGGCAGCUGUUUUUCCCUUUCAUCAUUAGCAGACUAACUAAGAUUAUCUUAUUACCUUGAUGUGGUUGUUAAAUUAUAGUCCAGCCUUUCUACAAAACACACAUAAACUCUAGAAUGUGUUUUGUUAAAAAUAUAUUUACAAAAAUAACUUCUCUUUUAUGACAGUGACAAACUUUCUAACAUAAACAUGCAAUUAGAGCUAAAUAGGCUGGCUGUAGCCUUGUUUUAAAAGUCAUUAUACUUUAGAUAACAGCUUUUUCUCCCUGUGGCCUCUGAUUGGCUGAGAAAGUGGGAAUAAGCCCCAGAGAACAUAU